GCGGCAGCGGCGGCGCUCGGCAGGCUCCUCUCGCUCCGUCCUUCGCUCUGCUCUUGGAAUCCGCGUUUCUCCCGCCCACCUUUCGGCAUGAAAGCCUUCAGCCCGGUGCGGUCCGUCAGGAAAAACGGUCUCUCGGAGCACAACCUGGGCAUCUCCCGGAGCAAAACGCCCGUGGAUGACCCCAUGAGCCUGCUGUACAACAUGAACGAUUGCUACUCCAAGCUGAAGGAGCUGGUGCCCAGCAUCCCGCAGAACAAGAAAGUCAGCAAGAUGGAAAUCCUGCAGCACGUUAUCGACUACAUCUUGGACCUGCAGAUCGCCUUGGACUCACACCCGAGCAUCGUCAGCCUCCACCACCAGAGACCCGGGCAGAACCCUUCCUCCAGAACCCCCCUGACCACCUUAAACACAGACAUCAGCAUCCUCUCGCUACAGGCGUCCGAGUUCCCCUCAGAGCUCAUGUCAAGCGACAGCAAAGCACUUUGUGGCUGAACCAAACGGUGUUCCACUGAGGAGAUGAUUUUUUGGUUGGUUUUUUUUUGCACAAGAAAAUGUCUCCAGGAUUUCUUUUCUCUUUUUUUUUUUUGAGGUGCUGAACUUAUUUUUCAGCUGUAUCUAGAGGGGAGGGAAAAAAAAAAAAACCAACAAAUAAUCCACGUUAACGAAAUGAACUGUAAAAUAAUUAAUGAAGAAGAAAAAAAAAUCAAGCUCUUUAACCCCCCACUCCCCCGUUCUUCAAGUUGGACUGAACCUAGUUAUUUAUGAAGAGACUCUUGAAUACCCUUUCCCUAGAUGGAAGGCUUCCUUUCUAUACUAUUCCCAGCGUGGGGAGCGACACACACAAUCUCGCAAGGAAUUUGCCCAUUUCCAAGCAGACUUUGCCUUUUUUUUCCAAAGGUGGAGCGUGAGUAACCCAGAAGGAUCCUCAGCCUUUCAGCUACCCUAGGAGAAAAAUCGGUGGUCAGAAUUGUACCUUUCCUCCUUCACUCUUGUUUUUUUGACCUUCCCCCCCCCCCAAACCUAGUGCUGAAGGGCUGGUGUAUAUAUUUAUAUAUAAAUAUAUAUAUGAGUGAAAACACAGGAGAGGGAAAAAAAAAACAAACCAAAACCUUGGUGAACUCUUUAAUUAGAGUUUUUUUCUUGUAUAGUGGCAGAAACCAACCCUUUCUGCCAGGAAGUGUAAUGAUGUACUUAAUCAUGCUAAACUUUUUAUAAAAGUUUAGUUGUAAAAACUUUAACCCUUUUUAUACAAAAAAAAAAAAAUUAAUAAUAAAUCCAAGUGUGUUUAUUGAACUGAUAUUAAUUAUUUUCUUUUUGCUUGCUUCUGUUCUUUGGGGACCAAAUGUUUGCUGGCUUUGGUUGGGUUGGGGUUUUUUUUGUGUGUGUGUGUUUUGUGGGUUGGUUUUUUGCUCUUUUUUUUUUUUAACGUUGUGAUGAUUUUACCGAGUUAAACCAAACCCAACAGCAACAAAAAUCGAAAUCUGUAGAGGCUUAUCGAGAAUAAAAUGAGCUGAAGUGAAUAAUAA